AUGGCGGAGUGGAAAAUCGACGAAAGUAGCCGGAAAUCCUUGAAUAAAUUGAUAUCUGAAGCAUCUGUAUCAUCCAAAGAUGCGACAACUCUAAAAACUAUUGCAAAAAAGGCGAUUGUCACGUAUGAAGAUAUAACGAAUAUUAAAGUGAGUUUCAGAAAAAAAAACAUUUCAGAGAGAAAAAUUUUAAAUUUGCAGGAUAAACUACCUGAUGAUGUCCCAGUUUUUGCAUUUUUCAAUAAACUUCCAUUGAACUAUGAAGAUCACACAUAUAAAGCAUCGGAAGAUUUUCGAAAAAAGACCGAGAUUCUAAAACUACAACAAGAUCAAGAUUCAUAUAAAAGGCUAGUUCGAUCAAUAGAUCCUGCUCAAAAAUACGGAAAAAUCGAUCACAUGGAAAACUUUGGCGCUGAAAUGAAAACCGUGAAUCGUCAAAUGAUGUCAGUUGUAAAUGUGAUAAUCACAGUCGUCGGAUCAUUUUUCUUCGGAUUUUCUGGUGUAACUUAUGCAUAUCCACAUUUAAAACUUGAUUUGGCUACGAGGUUUCUGAUUGGUUUGAUUCCCGCGACGAUUGUGUUUUUCGCUGAUUUAUAUUUUGUAGUGAAAGGAAUGGAUAUGGAUGAAUAUGCUGAUCAACCAAAAGAUCUACCUAAAAAACAGCCAUCGGGUAAUACUUUCAGUUUUAAAAAUAUGGAAGACAAGAAAAAUGAUUGA